CAUCAUGUACUUAUAUAUUAUUGAAUCUAUAACUUAAGCAAAUAACUUGAUGUCAGUAUUUGAUACAUAUUACCUAUAUAACUCUUAUGUGAGAGAGCAUUUAGGGUAGAGUAUAAUGGAGCUUUAAGGACUCAUUAAUUUUGAUUCAGUGUGGGACUGUAGAGUGCGAACGUAUUUCAACAGUUAGGCCCACGAUAAGGGAGUCAGGGGGUUCAAUGUAAGUUUCAAAACAUGCUCAACAACUGCUGAGUCAGUAGCCGAAACUUUAGCCGACUCAGAGUAAAUCACCAAGGGGAUGCGCUCAUGUUGUAGGGAGGUUGAGAAAGUGGGAGGGUAUUCCAAAAUGUAUUGUUUUAUUUUCAUUGCUUGUAAUUAAGAAGGCAGAAUGUUAUGAAAAUAUGAAUAAUGCUUAAGAGGGCCUAUGUUUUAUUAAAUCAGAUUUUUAAAUAAGUCCUCCUCAGACCAAUAUUGUCCCAAGGUAAGAGUAAGCAGCUCCUCUUGUGUGGAAACUGAAACUGUGGUAAUUCUUGCUUAUGGUUCAGGUUAUGACUUGUCACCAGUGACAGUAAAUGCAGCAUUGUUACUCAUAGUUCAACCAGUUUCAUUGACCUGGCCAUUGUUACUUCCUGUUUGCUGAAUAGACAGACUGCCAGAGUGUCAUAUCUCUGAAUGCUCACUAGAUGUCCAUAAUAAACCACCCCCAUCUGAAAUUCUCACAGAAUGUGUUUCUUAUCCUGGUCAAAUCCUGGAAUUUCUCCUCAGGCAACAAAAUGAAGACCAAAUGUUGAGCCACUGUUCAUAGUUUUUUGUGCUAUGAAUUUAUAAUCACUAAUUAGUCUUGGCAGGUUAUAUUGAAAGGAGCAAGAUUAAUGAUUUUCGCCUUUGAGAGAAAUUACAUUCACAGAGCAGAAGUUCCAUUUAAGAGGAUUCAGAAGGUAAAAUGACCUCAUUCACUCAUAAGAUGAUUUCCCAGCUAAUUAAGAUGAUUUGGGGUCACUCAAAGAGAUGAGACAUAUUCAUAUAAUUUUAUACAUAUAAUAAUGUACAUAGAUUUUUUUAAUUAGGUUAAUACAGAAUUAAUAGGUUUCCAAAGACAUUUUUACAACCACUCAGUGAUCUGUUAAUUAUUUAAUCACAUAUGCAGUCCAUGUAUGUUAAAACAUGUCCCAGCUUUUAAACAUAAACUGAAUGAAUUCUUUGAACCAACAAGGUGAUCAAGUUGACAAAACGGCGCAUCAAACCAACAGUUGUUCAUGGGCCCAGAAUGUGAUGCAUUGACAUGUUUUGUAUGACUCCUAUUAACACUAGCAUCAAUACUAAAAAUAAGCUUUUAUAGUGCUAGUGCAAUAGUACAUUGCUCUGGUUCGCCCAAUAUUUAGACCAAAUAUUGUAAAAAGAUCCUCCUCAUAUGAUAUUUUAUAUUCAUUUACUGUAAAAAUGUCAUUUUUCAUAUACUGGAACAGACCAGAUUAAGCACAUAAUGAAAUAAAGAAGUCAGACACUUUCGGUCACAGUUGAUACAUUCUGGAAGUACUUUUGAAGCUUUUAUGUCUUCCAGAAAAUGUUUAUGGUUCCCACAGUAAGGGGAGUUUUGAUGACAGAAGAAAUACAAGAAACUGGAAAGACAGAAAAUGAAACCAAGAGAGCUGCCUUCCUCAGAGGAGUGUUUAUGUAAUGAUCUUGACAAAUUAAUGUAAAGAAACAUCUGAGGAUGCGUUAAACAACUGGAGACAGUUUAGGACAGUGCUGUAUAAAUGCUAGACUACAGACAACCAAAAGCAUCAUUACCUCUCUCACUGCCAUCCUUACAGAGACCUACAUCAUGCAAGGUACUUCCAUAAUGCUUCAUAUUUUAUAGACAAAGUGUGUGAAAGCAGGGGACUGACAAGCAGGAAAAUGUAGCAACACCUCAAGAGGACUGUGCUCAUUCUAGCUAUAAAAACAUGUAUGCAUGUAUGUAUACAAGACAACAACUUCUCUAACAGUGAAAAACCAGACACUCCACUGUCAUUUCCUGUGGAUUUCCUGAAAAGCAUUCGACCUCUGACUAAGAUACAGGCAUGCUAGUCAAGAAUAAACAAAUGUUCAGGUCAGUGUUGAUGUUCAGUUUAAGUUAUGGAGUGCAGCUUCUUUUUCUUUACCUCUCUGCAUUCAUCAGUUGAUUAAAGACUAAAACAUGAUGGUCUCCACCUCAGCUGACUGAUGAAAAAGGGAUAUGCAGAGCAAUUGUUUCCCAGAAGGCAGCCUGACUGCUGGCUAACAGGGGAAGUUUGAUAGCAAAUGGUUGUAUUGGGGGUGGGUUCAAACUGUUACCCACGGGGUUCCUGCUGUCAGUACACAAGAGGAUACUCAGCAUUUGCCUAUACUCCAGACGCUGAGCGGUCACAAAGGAAAUACAGGUUUUAUUGAACUCUGGGGCUGUGUCUGAGAGGAAAUCUGUCAAGAAAGUCUGUGUUCACUGGAACUGCCUUCCAUCAGACGUUUACAGUUGACUUGCGGCCCUGAAAGUGCAGAAUGUCUCAAAGGAAGAUGCUGCAACUCUCCGGGGGAUCCCUGCUUCUUCUCCUACCCUGGUUUGGUGGACUGGUCUUCGGGGAGAUCAGUGAUGACUUCUCCAAGUGCCUUGGUUUUUUCUACAAUGAAAAUCCACCAGAGGGUUUCAGUGCAUCACAAUACCAACCAAUAUGCCAGCGCUACAAAAAUCGGUACCGCUUUGCCAGCCUGUAUGACCGUCAGCGUCGUGCACCGUUGUACUCUGCAUAUAUACUCAGUCCAGCAGAAGGCAAACGGCCCAAUACCCCUUGGAUGUAUGAACCACAGUUGCCAUUUUCCCGUGCCAGCCCAGAGAUGAAAGUCUUCCAUACUCCUGUGGACCAGAAUGUGAUUGAGAGCCAGGCAGUGCUUCAAGACUAUAAGAACUCCAGCUACACCAAAGGCCAUCUUAAUCCCAGCAUGCACCAAAAGACAAAAGAUGACCGCAAGGCCACCUUCACCCUGACAAACAUUGUCCCUCAGCAAAAAGGCUCAAACGGUGGCCCCUGGAACAUUCUGGAGAAUGAGAUGUUAAACAGAUUCAAGAACUUCUGCAAUGGGUCAAUGUAUGUGAUAACCGGAGUCUUGCCUUACAACUCUGAACCCCGCUGGAUUAAUAACAGGGUGUCUGUCCCUGAGUACAUGUGGUCUGCCUACUGCUGCCCAUCCUACAAUACCAGCCAUCCUGAGUCUCAGAUGCCCUUUUUCCCCACAUAUGCUGCAGUGGGAAGAAAUGACUGCAACAGUGGACCGGAGAUUGUGCCAGUUAAUGUCAGUGCGAAGUCCUCAGUGAGGGGCUAUGAUGUGAGGCAGAUGUCUUUAGAGGCUCUGGAGGGCAUCCUGGAACAAAGGCUGGCCAUACCCAUCCGUCUGUUUCACGGACAGUGUCAGUAGGAAAGGUCGAGAAGCUUUAGCUCCUUGUGGGAAUCAAAUGUUAACUGCUAAGGGUGUGCACUGCAGUAGUCGCUGCUUUCUUUAGUAGAAAGAAAUCUUAAGUAAAGCUCCCCCCACCCCUCCAUAGCUCUAUAAUUACUGAAUGAGUGUUUGAUUAACCAAGACAUGUUGAUUAUCUCGUGAUUUUACCCAUAAAACAAGAGUGAAAUAGAUUAAGAGUCUCCUGGUGAAACAAAUCAAAUAAUAUGCCAAUUACAUUUCGAGGUGAAAAAAAAGUGCGGUAAGUUUCAACAUGAGUGCAUAGUAAUGUUCAUUUUAUUCAACAACUAACUUUGUUCACACUCCAUGUAAAAUGGUAGCACAUUUCACAUUUUGUACUGAUGUAUGAACCAUAAAGAUACUGUGUGAACAUGCAAGAGCAGCCAUUAGUAUUCAGUACCAUCUGUGGUGUGUCGAGUGAGACUCUCAGAUUGUUUUAAAUCAAACUGCUGGGAUCCUUUUCUAAGCAGGGAGGAUGUCAAGCAGGAUCUCGUUCAACUGUUUUACAAUCAUCCAAAAAAAAAAAGUCAUAAUAAA